GCUCCUCUUGUCUAUGGUUCGACUGAACAUUUCCCCAAAAUACGUGGUGCAGGCCGCACGACUGAGAUUUCCAGAGCUGAGGGAGAUAGUACCGAUGGCUUUGGCACGAUCAGCAAACAAGCGCCUGCUGCCUGACGAUGAGGAUGAUAACGACGGGAGCAGCAUAAGUAGCAAGCGGGCUUGCUCCGAGACGCCCGCGGAGAGUCUCACCCAUGCGAUCACCACUCCAAAUGGCGACUGGUUCGCGGGGCAGCCAUUUGACGACCAUCCAGACCCUUUCGGGUGUAACGUGGGCGGUAACGUGGGCGGUUCGAUUUGGCCACAGCAGGAUUGUCCGGAAAUACGGGUGGAGGACCCAUAUGGAGCACUAAUCCGGGACUCGGGCUUGGUGCCUGAUCCGUUGCGCGGGCUGGAUAUCGAUAUGUUGGACCGCAAUUGGAGCGCACGGCUAGGGGAUAAUAUGGGCUUAGAUGUGCAAGACCGUCAUGGCGCUUUUGAUGCGCCACAUUUGCGGGACUUAGGUCAGAGUGGGCAAGGAGGCGCUCCUUACCCUAUAACAGACAUGUGGUUGGGGCACCAGUUGCCAGGGUACGAACAAGACUCAGCAGAGUCUCAGAGCUCCAGUGCCGAUCUGGAACUUAAGGGAACCUCUGACAUCCUGGAACCAUUGAUUGAACCUGACUUUGACUGGAAUGCAAUUGAAAUGGAGUUAUCCGGUACCAGUCCUAGUACAAAUGAGCUUCGACCCAAGAUCAUGGACAAGUCAAAGAAACCAAAGAGUGAUACAGACGAGGAACAGUACCGGUCGUGUCUUGAUAAAUGUCAAAGCGAGCCUGUAACAAGCGUUGAAUCAAACGACGCAGUGACAUGGGACACUUGCUUUGGAGAGCUCACCCUCGAAGCCACCUCCACAUUCAAGGACGAUGGAAAGACGAAAACUCAAAACCGAAUGUCAGCCCAGGUGGAUUUAACGACACUUGGCGGAGUUGUCAAAUUGUCCUUCGCAGACACGAAGAAGUAUGCAGGUAUCGUCGCUAUGCCUGCGUUAGUUAAACUCCUGAAACAACAUCGUGUCAAAUUGGUUGGCACACUUUUCGCCGCUCAACUCGGUAAGAAUGCUGGGACUGGGGAAUGUCACAAGCCAGAGAUGAGAGUUGUUGUCUACGGAAGAAUCGAUGAUCAAGACGCGGUCGGGACUUGCUUAUCGGACGCAGGAAUGUACCUGCAACACCCCAAAAGCGCAGAGUAUGACCCCAUAUUCCCAUAUGUGAACCCACAGUAUCUUGUACGACCUGGAGGCGAGAUGCCUCGAAUUGAUGAACUCAGGAUUUCCGACGAUGAGCAGGGCUCGCAGGUUUCGGACAGGUUAAAUGAAGGGGUCAAAAGUGAGCUAUUUCGGAUCCUUGACACGAUUAACACCUAUGAGGGGUCAUAUGAAGCCUGCUCCAGUCCAAGGUUGGCGUCGAGGUUGAAACCUCACCAGGAAGUGGCAUUGGCGAUGAUGAUAGAGAGGGAGUCUGGACAAAUUGAUGGUCUGAAAUUUCCAUCUAUCUGGGAAGGGCUUGGGAACCACAGGUACCGGCAUAGAAUCACAGGGGCCAUUGACACAGACCCUAGACCGAUGCGUGGCGGAAUCCUCGCGGAUGACAUGGGCUUGGGCAAAACACUGAGUCUUCUAUCAUUACUUUGCUGCUCCCUCGAUGCCAUAGAUUGCCUACAGCCAUCUCCCGACAGCCCUCGGGCGACUCUGAUCAUCACACCGAAGACCAGUAAGUUGAAAUACUUCAUGGCUUACAAUGAGCUGGGGUUGACACACAAAGCUAUUCCGGGAUGGGAGAAACAGAUUAAAACACACAUCAAAUAUAACCGACUUCGGUACUUCAUAUACCAUGGCGCAAAUCGAGGCAAAGUUAAACCUUCCCUGGUACGCGAGUACGAUAUUGUCAUUACAACAUAUGAAACCAUACGCCAGGAUUGGCGGACAAAGGAUGGUUUAAGCACAGAGACUUGGUAUCGCAUAGUUCUAGAUGAAGCACAUCGUAUCCGGAGCCGAUCCUCACAGGUGUUCAAGGCCGUGAGCUCCCUGAAAGCGCACAUUCGAUGGUGUCUCACCGGUACGCCAAUCCAAAACUCCAUUGACGACUAUGGUGCCCUCUUGAGCUUCAUGCAAAUGCCGGUCCUGGAGACCAAGUCUGCAUUUGAUUAUUGGAUUGCAUCGCCGGUGAAGCGUCAGCAACUGGGCUAUAUCCAGACACUUCAAGCGCUCGUGGCUGCCACAGCUUUCCGGCGGACCAAGAAGACGCUUGAUUCCGCCCUUCAGCUGCCGAAAAAGGUCGAAAGAAGCGAAUUGGUUCACUUGACGGCCGCAGAUCAGGAGGUAUAUGACUAUUUCAAAGCGAAAGCAUCCAAGACGGCAGCGGAGCUCUCUGGCGAGGCUCUGAAUCCUGGAAAACAAGCUGGUGCAGAUACGACCCUCGCACUGAUUAACAUCCUGCGGCUCAUAUGCGAUUAUGGUGAGCGCUUGCUACCUAAAUCCGCGCUCGAGCAAUGGCGCAAUCGAGACAGACAUGCAGAUGUUAUUACCGGACCUUGUGGAAGUGUAGGCGGCUACUUGAAUGAGGAAGGGUUUGUCCCCGACAAUCGAAGCACACCGACUCGUGAUAAAGCUGCUGGUAGCAGUGCCAAGCCUGGGGACGUGUAUGAUGCUAUCGGACGUGCAACUUACAGUCCUGGUGAAAUGGCAAUGGAAGGAUGUCCAGAGUCUUCUUUGGGCUUAUCUCCAAAGAUGAUAGCAUUGCUGAAAAACUUGGAAACGGAGCAACGAGGCACACCGCGAUCAGGUUUGAUGCCUGCAAAAAGUGUGGUUUUCAGUCAGUGGACCAAGAUGCUCGAUUUGAUGGCCCCGAUUCUCCACUCCAACAACUAUGACUUCGUGCGGCUCGAUGGAGGGUCGAGCUUAGCAGAUCGCCAGCUAGUGAUAGAGCGAUUCACGAGGGACGAGAGCUGCACGGUAAUGCUGGCCAGUAUUGGCAGUGCCGGGGAGGGCAUUGACCUCACCGCAGCCAGCUCCGUGCACAUUAUGGAGCCUCAUUGGAACCCAAUGCUAGAGGCGCAGGCAGUCGACAGGGUUCAUCGAAUAGGUCAAUCCCGCGAAGUUAUCGUAACAAGAUAUCUCACUGUCAACUCCAUUGAGGAUUACGUUCGUUGGGUCCAAGAAGACAAGAUAGCAAUCAUUCAGCAGUCGUUGGCUUCCGUUCCAAAGUCACAGGCAGAGCUUGAAUAUAGGCGAUGGAAGAAGCUACAGGCUCUUCUGAGUAACUUACCCACAGCAGAGGCAGCUGAUUAGCCUGCCGUUGAAUUAGAAACUUCUCUUCCUCACUGUUCUUUGCUCUCUGAUCAUCUAAGAAAAUUAUCAUCGACGGUCUGCUGGUAAUACUAUGUGGGAUUUAUCAUCAUUAACGUGUAUAUAAUGUCUCAAGGUUGGAAUUUCGCGUGCAUUUAUAUGACACAUGAGAUACAAAGUCACUCGUCAUUGGCUAGUUCUGUGUGUGGCAUAUUCAAGAGGUGCUUGCAAUGGGCCCUAGCCUGUUCUAUUAAAUCGUCCCAUGAAACCCCAAGCCAACGAUUUAUCUCCUUCGCUCCGAUCUGGUCGGACAGUUCAAUUGAGGCUGAAGCGGGCUGUGCAUCAGCGCCAUGAAACAGAAGAAGCUUGGCAAAUUCGGCAUUUUUCGCUGUAGAUUUGCGUGUU